AUGGCGCACGCACGCAGCUUUGGUCACGGCGUGCGCGUGGGUAACUGGCAGGAGGACAUCGCCUCGGAGGAGGAUCGCGUUCAAGCAUUUCUGGCCAAACAACAGGCAGGGCAAACCUUGUCGCAGACAGUGGCCAGUGUACAAGCCACGGCCAGCACGGCCCAGAAACUAUCUCGAGCAGGGGAUGGCUUUCUGAACAAUGGCGAAACAUGCCAGUUGAGCCACCCCAGCAGUGAGAGUGUUGUGAGCUAUCUCCCAUCCGUGCUGGCGGCUCCCGGCACUCCCAUGGCAUGCACGGCCCAACCCCAAGCGCCUCCCGCUUCCCGCAACGCUUUUACAGUGGUGCUCUGCGAUGCGCCGACCGCAGAGCGGCGCAUCACCUACGGUGACAACGUCUAUCUUCAAUGCCGCCUGCCCGAGCACAGCGUUGGCUAUCUCUGCUCCGAGAAGCUGGGGCUCACAGGACGCCCUGCGCGCUACAGCGGCAAGCAAAGCGUGACCUUCCUGCAAGCGGAAAGCCCGACCUUUGAUUGUGCCUGGACAUUUGUCGCCGUGGACCCCCAGAUGCGCUUUGAGAUGGAGGGCCAGCCCGUUCCUGCGGGAGAACCCGUUUUGCUCAAGCACGCACGCACGGGUGUGCUGCUAGCCGUCUUCAAGCAGCAUGUCUGGCGCAGCGAGUUUGGAGCCGAGUUUGAAGUCGCCUGUGAUACGGUUCUCGACCGCUUCCACGCCGAGAGUCCCGAAAACCUCUUUGUCAUUGUUGAAGACACUGCCCCCGUCUCGGAUUGAGCCGCCGUGCGGCCUCCCCCGAAUUUCCUCUGUCCUCCUGCUUCUUUUUCUUUUUUUUCUGGUCAGGUCAGGUCUUCAGAAGGCCUGGACCAUGGCCGCCCAGCGACUUUUAAAGCUUGGUUGGUGAUCUUUUCAUACCCCUCUGAGUUGAGCAGCACCUCAACCGUGACUCCCUCCCAUCAAUCGAGAUAGCCCUCAAGUCU